UACAGCUGUUGAAUAAAAAUAAAUACACUCUUUCACCUAACCCACACUUUUAGGUUAUGUAAACAAAAUAGAAAAUUCUCUUUUACCUCAAAAUUUUCAGUUUUGAAUUAUACUAUUUUAUUUUUUGUGGCAAAAAGGGAUAGAGAAAUUGAUAAUGUUCAGAGGAAAGUAUCAAAACAAGUUGUUUUCUCUGUUUAGCAGUGGUGGGAGCCAACCUCUCUACGGGUGGAUCGUAAAGGAGAUGAGCGGAUCGGUGCACCAAGUGAAGGACGAAGACCUGAAGAGGACGGUGCUGGAGUUGACGGGUACCAAUAUCGCCACGGCUCACAUUACCAGUCCUCCUCCUCCCCACCACUGCCUGGGGCUCAGACUUCCUUGGAUCACGCUCCACCUCAAGUAUUUCAAUCAACCUUUCUCUUUUGAAGUUCAGAUCCUGGACGACGACGAGAUGCGGAGGCGGUUCCGGUUCAGUACCUACCACAAGGAGUUGAAACUAUCGACGUUCCUGACAACGAUGCCACUGAAGCUGGUUCCCGGCUGGAACAUCGUUCAGCUGAACCUGGCAGAGUUCACAGAGAGAGCUUACGGCACGAUGUACAUGGAGACGCUGAAGGUCCAAGUCCACGCCAACUGUCGCCUGCUCAAGGUGUUCUUAUCGGACCGCAUGUACGCUGACGCGGACCUCCCCAGCGGUUACAAGCUCGAAAUGGGCCAAAUUCGGCACAAAGUGGAAAAACCAACUCGCACUCCUCUACCUCAAAGAACUCAGAAAAAAUAGUAAAUAGUUCGAAAAUUGUUCUACC